UCAAUAAUUAAUCAAUGAAACGUAUAUUUCAUAAAAUCUUAAGAAGCAUCCAAAUGUUUGUGAAAUAUAAUAGUGGUUUGGAAAAUAAAAUGAACCCUCAGACGAAUUUCUUUUUAAAUACAGAGAAUUAUUUGCGGUCUUUUGACAGAAUCUCUAUUGAAAAUAAUAAAAUUACAGACUGUCCGACAACUUUGUGCCAUCCGAAAAGUGAAAAAUAUCGCACAGCGCCGCCUAAACAUGACACGAGCGCGAGUUCAAAAUCGGAAAUAAGUGGCUCGUUACUAUAUUUCGGCUAUAAUUCAGAUGAUUAUGAGCGCGGUUUAGAUUGGUCUACGAGCAGCUAUAAUCCCAUACCAUUUUAUAAAGAUAAACAAAAACAACGACGGGUUAGAACGACAUUUACGUCCAAACAACUCAAGGAGCUAGAAAAGAUCUUCCAAGAGACACAUUAUCCUGAUAUUUAUACGCGCGAAGAGAUCGCUAUGAAAAUAGAGCUUACAGAGGCACGCGUACAGGUUUGGUUCCAAAAUAGACGUGCGAAAUUUCGAAAACAAGAACGACAAGCCAACAUAAUUAGCACGAAAGUACCAGAGCUUUCACAAAAACAAAUACAAAAUCCAUUCACACCCAGCUCUAAAUGUCUCUCGCCAUUCAUGAUGUCAACGCUGCUGGCCACCGAAUCAAGUUCGAAAUCUUUGCAAUUAAUUAAAUGAAACUAUUUGGGGUGUUAAAACCUCAACCAAUACAUACAUUUAUAAAUACCGACUUUUGUAAACUAGAAAGUGCGUAAAUAUAAAAUACUUGUAUUAAAUGUGCAAUAUGUACAUACGUAACUAUA